UUGUUUAUAAUCAUGUUUCAAUCUAUAGUGUGAUAGUUAGGGGUCUCGUCUCCAAUCACAAUCUUGAAUUUACGAAUCAAGUCUGGUGUUGCGUGGCAUGACAGCAAGGAUGGGUUUGCCCACAGUUAAAGAAGGAAUGGAUAGAGGGGGUGGCGGAGAUGGACCUGGAAAUAGUGUAAAUUCGACACACAAUCAUAAUCACAGCAGUGGGAUUCAACGGCAAAGCAGUCGUGUUGCUUGUCCAGAUGAACAACCACAUAUUGGAAAAUACCGUGUUUUAAAAACGAUAGGAAAAGGAAAUUUUGCAAAAGUGAAGUUAGCUCGACAUGUUCUAACAGGAAGAGAAGUGGCAAUCAAGAUUAUAGACAAGAAACAAUUGAAUCCAAGCAGUUUACAAAAGCUUUUUCGAGAAGUUCGAAUUAUGAAACACUUGGAUCAUCCUAAUAUAGUCAAACUUUAUGAGGUUAUUGAAAAUAGUAAACAACUUCUUCUUGUGAUAGAAUAUGCUAAUGGAGGCGAAGUUUUUGAUUAUCUUGUUGCUCACGGUCGAAUGAAAGAAAAGGAAGCCCGGGCUAAAUUUCGCCAGAUUGUUUCUUCAGUGCAAUACCUACACUCAAAACACAUUGUACAUCGUGACCUCAAGGCUGAAAAUCUUCUGCUUGAUUCGGAUAUGAACAUUAAAAUAGCCGAUUUUGGAUUUAGUAACGAAUUUACACCAGGCUUAAAACUUGAUACAUUUUGUGGAAGCCCUCCCUAUGCUGCACCCGAACUUUUUCAAGGCAAAAAGUAUGAUGGACCAGAAGUAGACGUUUGGUCUCUUGGUGUUAUUUUAUAUACACUUGUGAGUGGUUCCUUACCUUUCGAUGGACAAAAUUUAAAAGAACUGAGGGAGAGAGUCUUGAGAGGAAAGUAUCGCAUUCCCUUUUACAUGUCUACAGACUGUGAAAAUCUCUUGAAACGUUUUCUUGUUCUCAAUCCUCUCAAACGAGGAACUCUCACAUCUAUAAUGCAAGACAAAUGGAUGAAUAUAGGAUAUGAAGAUGACCCAUUGAAGCCACAUAUACAUCCAGAUUUAUCAGAAAAAGAUGAAGACAGAAUAAGUGCAAUGAUAGACAUGGGAUAUAAACGAGAUGAAGUUAUAAAAUCAAUACAAAGUCAUGCUUACGACGAAGCAUAUGGGACAUAUCUAUUACUUGGCACACGACCCAGUGAGUUAUCAGAUGGAACAGCUUCUCGUUCUGGUAGUGCCUUGUCAUUAACCGGAGGAAAAAUUCCUGUCAAUUCAUCUUCGCAACCCGGUGGACAACAAGUUAGUAAAAAAGUACAACGCAGUGUAUCAGCCAACACUAAGCAUUCACAACGUCGACAAAGUCAAGAGGGAAGCGCAGUUAAAUCAUCAUCAAACAAAGGUGUGUCACGAACGACAUCUCAUCAUCAUGGACAUCCUUCAAGGAAUGGUCACACCGACUCUCCUAGAUCAUCAUCCGGCAUUACAUCUGCGUCCGCAGUACAAGAUAGAAGCGGAGCUAAAUCGGCCAUGGAAAAAAUAUCAUCCACUGCUCACAAUCCAAACAAAGCUGAAAUACCAUUACGAUCGCAACAGUCACAGCGACCCGAAUCAGCAAAGAAGCUGUCAGACAGUAUGAUGAGAAGAAACACUUACGUAGCUGGAGAAAGGAGACAAGAUAGAGUUGGUUCUAUUCCCACAAGCUCGAGUUCCCCUGCUUCUCAGUCUACUCAGUCCGCUAGGAGUCGGCAACGUAAGUCGCACUCUAUUGCUCAGGGUACCAAUGUAUUGGACACAAGUAAUAUUCGGCCCAACACUGCUCCUAACAACAAAAAUAUGUCACCUAGUCAUCGUACCAGUAACAGUGCUGCUUCUGGUAGAACAAGCACUGGUUCUCACAACAUUGGAUCUACGGGAACACCUGCCCCCACCAACACAAAUUUUCCUAGAAAUGCGAUGGAGCGACGCACAUACCACCAUGGCACUCGGGACAGGACACGGAGGACUGCCACCUAUAACGGACCUCCGCCGUCUUCGCCCUCUAUUAGCGAGAAUAUGUCUGCUGGUGUUGGAGUUGUCAGUGGAAGAGGUGGCAAUUCUGGAUAUAGCGCUGGUAGUUCGGGCCGUGCAAGAAACUCUGAAUUGCAACGGGAAGGGAGUGGAUUCUUCAGCAAGAUUACGUCCAAAUUUGGCCGCAGGCGCUCGUUACGACUGUCGAGACGCUACGAACGCCGUCGUAGUUUGAUGCUUCAGGAUUCAUUCGGCGCUAGUGGCAGACCUAGCAUACCGGAGACUGAUAAAGACAAGGAAACAAAACCCCGAUCACUAAGAUUUACAUGGUCCAUGAAAACUACAUCUGCUAUGGAUCCCAAUGAAAUGAUGAAGGAAAUAAGAAAGGUUCUUGAUAAUAACAGCUGUGAUUAUGAACAGAGAGAGAAAUUUCUACUUUUCUGUGUUCACGGUGAUGGUCAUGCUGAUAAUCUUGUGCAGUGGGAAAUGGAAGUCUGUAAACUGCCACGCCUUUCAUUAAAUGGAGUUAGAUUUAAGAGAAUAUCUGGAACAAGCAUCGCAUUCAAAAACAUUGCUUCCAAAAUUGCGAAUGAGCUAAAGCUUUAGCAAAGAGAACGAAAGCUUUUUACAUGUGGGGCAUCAAUCUCUCAAGAGCCUGAAUAGAAACCUCACACCUUCUAUGUAAUCUAUAUGCUCCAAGAUUCGAAAGUCUUGUCACAUCUCUAGGAUUGUUUAAGAAGAGUUACGCUCUCUAGAGGCACCAUAGAAACGGGUGCUACGUGAACAGCACAUAUGGGUGAACUACCUCCUUUGACAGUGAUGUGACAAGCGAUCGUUUAAUAAGUUUCAAAACUGGUCUUUUCAACGAAUUUUUUUCUGUAUUUCGACAUGCCUAUCACUCAUUAUACCUGCUUAAAUUGUUCUAGGCCUAAAGAAUUGACCUUUGGUUGUGUGUUGUAUUUCAUACAUUUGGUCACUAGGUAGGAAUACACUCAUCUUAAUAUAUGAAUAUUAUCUUAUAAUUUUUUUCUGGCCUGUUUCGAUUCUGAAUAUUAUAUGUGCUGAUUUGUAUGUACCAAAACCAUGAAUUAAGAUAAAAAUUGCCCAUUUUCAAAUUUCAGAAAUAAAUUUUUCAGUUGUCAAAAACAUCCACACUCCAGCCUAGGUCUAAAUUAUUGGGCCAAAAUGAUUCCAUCAGUUUUUUUUUUGCUGUAUUUGUUAUUCUAAAUGGACUUUUUUUGCACAUACUAUAAUUUUGUUGGCAUCCAUGGUACCCUCGGAAUUGAUUAUGAAUUAUUUUAGACUAAGAUGAAUGACUACUCAUUUGACAAACUAAUUCGAUCUUCUCUAUUUCAUAAUCACUUGCCAUAUUUCUCUUAAUGCUUUCGUACCAAUGUAAGGAUGAUAUAUGCCAAAUGGUACAAGCAUUCACUCUUUACCAAAAUCGUUUAUGAAACAGCAGCCAUAAAAAAAAUUUUCAACUGAGCUCUGAUCUUAAGGCUAUAGUACUUCUGGAUCGAUGUUUUAUUUCAAGGUUUAAUGCCUCAACUUUUCGGUUGCUGAAUUAAAGUUAAAGCGAUUGUUAGUUUCGCUGUCUUACGCACAUUUUACUAUGUUGUUUGGACUCCCAUAUCAUAGCUACAAGUUAUCAAUGCCAUGGAUGUUAGUAGUGGUAAUGUGUAUGCCAGUCGUAUUCUUACUUUAUUAUUAAUUAUUUUGUUUCCCUAUACGUAGGCACAUAGUCAUGUAUGACAACAUUGACGAUGCGAUAUUGUGAAUUUACACUAAAACUUUAUAUAUAUUUUUUGUACUUCAUUUCAAUGUCUUGUUGAGUGAAUUUGUUUGGGACAGUCUGUUAUCUCAAUCAAGUCAAUCCUAAUCUGGCAGACUUGCCGAUUGUUCACUCUCAACUCUAUAAACUUGGACUAGUUAUUAAAUGCGCUUGGUGAUCUAAUAAUUGACUUUUCAGCAGCUUAUCUAUUUCAAACUUAUUUUUUAACCUUGUAAAGCUAUUUAAUAGGUUACCUAAAAUGACCCCUAAAAAUCAAGGACCUUUUCAGCAGUUGAUAGGUAUUUUAAAUCAUAAACCUUCUUGGUAUUUGAAUUACUAAAAGUCAAUUGUAGUAGAGUCAAGCAAAAUGUACCAUAUUUGCCUUUGAUAGGUAAAUAAUACUUAGAAUAAAUUGGUGCUCUUUUUCCAUGUUCAUCAAGGCAUAUGACAACAUUUAUAAUUAAUCGUAGCCAAUUCUUCCCUUCCUUUUCAUUAUGUUUAAUUAAAAUUUUCUGUAUAGCCUCCUGCGACACAAAGGAAUCGGGAAGUACGCUUUGUUUAAAAUACCACUAUGUUGUGUAAGAAUUUUUUAAUUUAAUUCAAAUUACAAACUCAACAUAUGGGAUGUCUAAUCAAUUCUGUUCUAAAAAUAUAUACCAGCAGGUCUAUACUGGUAAUUACAAUGUAUGUAUUCACACCGAGUAGUCUUGCAAUUUUUUAGUUCAGAGAUGAAUCUCAUAAAAUAGUUGGAAAAUCUUUUUUCUUGUGAAUCCAAAAAUAGAAUCAAGAUCCUUUCUCCCGUGCGUAUUUUGGUAAAUGCACCUAACUACUCUUACGCAUUCACUCUCUCAAAACUCAACAAAUUGAGUGAAGGCAAAGUCAUCAACAGGGUGUACAAUACUAAUUUUUUAAUAAUAUUUCUAUUUACCCCAUCUCAAUGGUGUUUCUUCGUAAUCUAUUCUUACUGUUAUUCUUGUUAUCAUAAUCCAAUUUCUAUUUGUCCGUUUAGUUCGUUUUGUGUUUUUUUUGCUUUUUCCAUUUCCAUGUGACUUUAUUGAUCGCUAAUAAUGAAAGUUUUUAAUAGUGUAAGGGGAAAUAUUUGCAGAUAUCACAUUAUAGAAAUAAUGUUCCCAUAUCAAUAAGUUUUUCACUACUCAAUCCACAACUGAGGUGUACUGGUGAAAUUUUAGACAUGGCUGAAAAUGACAACAUGCUUGAAGUCAUUGGUGUGAUUGAUUGUAAAAUAUCUCACAAUUUAGCUCAAGUUUGUAACAAAAAAGUUUUUUUGAUUAAAUGAAAACUUCAAAUUUAUACCUUGUCCAAUGAAACCACAGACCAAGAUAAUUGACCCUUUCAUAAGAAUAAAAAACAUUUCGUGAAAUCUGGUCUGAAAUAAUUUGUUUUUGCUACUCUACUGUGCAUGAUUUAAUUAUCUACAUCUUGCGAUUUGUUGCUCUUUUUCAUUGGUUAAUUUUACAAGAUGCUUAUUAUUAUAAACGAAAGGUUCAGGCGACCCUCUC